AGCGAAGCAGAGGUCUUCCAAAACCCAACGCUGCAAACGGCUACUGCUCCUUCCUCAUCCUCUUCCCCUCCCCCUCCCCUCGCCAUGGCCGUCCCCACCUCCACCUCCACCUCCCCCACGCUUCCCCUUCUCUUCCUCCAUCGCGGCACCGCAAACCCUAGCCCCGCGGCUCUCUCCUUCCCGUCCUCCCUCCGCGGCGUGUCCCUCCGCUCCCGGGCCGCCGCCGCACCGCCCGCAGAGACCCUCUCUGACGACGGCAUCCCCGACGCGCCACCGGAAGGGGAGGGAACAGGAAUUCCGUUGCCAUCGUCGAUUGGGGAUGAUGGGGAGCAGCUCGCACCCAAACAGAAGAUCAGAAUCAAGCUGCGGUCCUACUGGGUGCCGUUGAUAGAGGACUCCUGCAAGAAGAUAAUUGAAGCUGCCAAAACAACCAACGCAAAGACCAUGGGUCCUGUUCCUCUGCCCACUAAGCGGAGAGUCUAUUGUGUGCUUAACUCUCCUCACGUGCACAAGGACUCACGGUUCCAUUUCGAGAUCCGGACGCAUCAGCGGCUGAUUGACAUCAUGUAUCCAACUGCCCAAACAAUUGAUUCAUUGAUGCAACUCCAGCUCCCUGCCGGUGUGGAUGUUGAGGUUAAGCUAUGAUUCUGUUGGAGCUGAACUUUUCAAAGUUUGAUGUAAUAUGGCACUUAUUUUCCGCAGCUUUUCUCCUUGAUCCUUUUGUUGUCUGGGACUGAAAAAAACGUAGAGCCUGUACUAGGAAAGAAGAUAUUCAGAUUUGAAUUGUCUUGCAUUUGAAGUAUCAAUGAUAUGGUCCACAUUAGUUGUAUA